AUGGAAUCGGAACCGGUAAUCGUUGUCGAUCAAGAAAACUGCAUCAACGAAGAAGACGAAGAUUUAGAGGACGUUGCCGGCGCCGGACAAGGAUGUCCCGACACACCGCCGCAGGAUCCGUUUUUCUUAUCUCCGUUUAGGGACAUGCGGAAACGCUCAUUACCGACACCGCAGUGCACUUCCGGAAUAACUGCCAGUCAAGUAAUACUAAUGAUUUCUUUUAAAAAUAUCGGCCAGCAAUAGUGUUAUAUUCCUUCGUAUUGUAUAACGUUUUCUUUCACAAAAACCCUAUUAUAAUUUGUAUUAAUAUGUGUACGAUUUUAUCUUUUUGAUCCCGGAGAACAACGGCUUAAGAGGACGGUAUGCACAUGCAUUUGUUAUUUCCGCCUUACAAACGCACGAUAUAGUUAAAACAGGCUUACGCAGACUACACAGAACUCGUUUAAUUUUGGUUUUAGAGUAAAACGCCGAUUAUAAAAUCAAAAGAGAACAAUACUCAGCAGGGUCUAUUUUUUGUAAUAUUUCGUAUUACACACUUUUUUGUUUGGACCAUAAAUUCAUGGUCAGAAAAUUUGCUCCCGUACCCUUAAAUACAGUUAUUUCACAAAUUUUUCUACCAUUCAUAGUUGUUUACAAUUCUUAUUUUAAACAAAUAUUUUCAGGUUUAAACUUUAUGGGUAAUGUAAGAUGUAAACUUAAAAAAAAUAUUACAUAUUAUCAACUAGUUUGUAUUUUAUUUAUACAUUUUUCUUUCGACAAAUAUGUUUAAAUAACGUUUUUCCAGGUUUUAUUCCUUACUCAAAGUCAAUAAACUAAUUCUAACUAGCAUUAAAGAAACAAAUUUUAAAACAUCAUAGUAAUAAAUAACGAUUUUAAAAUACUUUGUAUUUGAUCAAAUCUCUUUGAUAUACUUAUUCUAAAUUUUUUAAACAAUUACAAAAUAUUAUAACAACAAAACAUAGUUUAAAAAUAUUUUUUUAUAACAUUAUACAUUUUAUAAUUCUAUACUACACAUUUAAUAACUUCGUAUUACGCACAAUAAAUUUGGUAUUACACACAAUGUGGCGUAUUACACACAAAAAUAGGCCCUGCCGAAGAGACGUUGGGGUUUUACCAUUUUCUUCGAGUAUAACAGCCAAUUUACCGUUUAUAAAUAACGACUUUUUCAAGUUUUUUUAAUUCCUUAAAACUUUAAAAAAAAAAACCGCAGCGUUUGUUUUCUAUUAAUUUCAUAAUAAGUGUUUUUACCAAAACUAAGUGAGUUCUGUGUAUUCUGCGUGAGCAUGUAUUUUUACUAAAUCUUGUAUGUUUGUAAGACGGAAACACCAAAUGCAUGUGUAAUGUUCUUUUAAUGUCAAUAUCGUAUCAUUUUCAAUACAAGCAAAUGAAAUUUUAAAAAUAUUGCUAAAUGACAUAAUUUCUAAAUGAUGAUUUUUUGCAGCAUUAUAUGUGUCAAAAUAUCUGCAUAUAUAUACACUAAGGAAAUUUAAACGGAAAAAUAAAGAGAAAAAAAUUACAUAAGAUCCAACUUUAGGAAAAACAAAGUACAAAAAUUGAGUUCUUCUUCACAGAGUUCAAAAAUAUCAUAAUACGUAUAGUACAGUGCGUGUUUUGUUCAAAUCAUAAUACAAAAUAUUUCACCUGGUCGGACUACAAUUGAAACGGUUUUUUUUUUUCAAAGGUCGAGACAUUCCGAAAUAUAUAUUUUUGAGUUUAUUUUAAAAAUACGAACCUUUGUGAUGCACGUAACCGUGGUAAAAAAUGUUGUUUAACGGAAACGGAUAUUCUUAUAAGAAUCUUAUUAUCGAUGGGUAGCGUAAGAUUCGAUUAGUAGAUGCCACCCGUCGACCAUCCAUAACGCAAUAGCUACGCGUGACCCAGCGGUUACAUACGACCCAGUGGUCCGCACGACUACAAUUGGAUAUUAGAUAAACAAUUUUCACUUUUCUCCAUUUAAUUCCGAAUAGUACGGGUAAUACGUAUUUCGAAAAAGUGACCUGUUUAACUAUUGUUGGUGAGAAGUUAGGAAAAUGGAAUACUUAAGGUUAUUUCAUUUAUAGAUAUAAGCAACGAUAAACCGUUGCUUGACGAAAUACGUUUCCGAGCUCAGUUCGGAAAGACAUAAUUUGAAGUGCCGUAAUUUGUUUUGCGAUUUUCGUUUAAAUUUGAUUUCAAAACGUUUGUUAAAAAAGGGAAAAAAAUUCGUCUGAUGAUUUUUAAAAUGUAUCUAAAUCUAGAUAAUUCCAAUAUAAGUAUUAUCACCAAGUUUCAAGUCUAUUCAAGUCUAUACGUGUAUUUUAUAUCUGAAUCAGCAAAAAAUCUCCCAAAUAUUAAAAUUCCUUAAAAGCUCCAAAGUGGCUCAAAAAUUUUGACGAUGAUACCUUAAGAAAGUAAAUCUAAAAGGAAACAAAAAUAGUAUCUUGUGAUUUUUCGAUCAAAUCAUUAUUUCUGGUAGAAAACGUUGUCUGUGUUUUUAUAAAAUAAUAAAAUCGUGAAGUUAUCCUACGUUUUUUCUAACUUAAAUGAUUUUAUUUAAAAAAUGGCGACGAAAAUCAAAAAAUAACCUCUUUAAAGUACUAUCUAGUCAAUUCGAAACUUUCAGAAAAGUUGCAACACGUUAAAAUUGGAGUAAGUUUACUAGGGAAAAAACGUGUCCACAGACUAGAACAAAGAACGACAAAAAAACAUAUUAGUAAAACCAAUAGCUCGGAAUCUAAAAUGGUACACACAAAAGUUCAGAAUGUGGGUGUAAUUGUUGUCGUUUGGCGGCAGUUAUAUGUCAAAAUACUCGACGGUCUAAUACAAGAUUCAUCGUAAGUUUCACUUAUUAGAUAAAUAAAAAAAAAAAAUUCGAUGCAAUGUAACUAAUAUUUUUUUUUAAGCUUUUAAAGUACAAAUUUGUAUGAAACUCGUACAAAUUACAGCGUUUUAUAAAAUGGUUCACUGGACUGUAUACAUUCUAAGCGAUGCGAAUAAGUAUUUAGUUUUACCGUUAUGAAGAUUUUUUUUUUUAUAUCUUUAAACAACUUUUCUACCAAAAAAUCUUGAUUCCAAUCAAAAACUUCAUAGAAACUUCCUUGUUUUAUUUUUGAUGUAAUUUGUACAUUGGGAAUAUUAUUUUUUGAUUUUUAUUGUAAUUUUUUUUUAUAAAUGUGAGGACCAGGCAUUUUGUUGUAUAUUUUUCGUUAAUUUCUACAGGGUUAUCUUAGUAACAAUAGACAAAAUAUGACUAACAAUUCUUUACUAAAAAUCGUUUUUUCGUUAGCAAUGAUUGGUUUAUCGUUAUCUACUUACAAAUAUAAAAAAAAUCACUUCAUUUAUCAUCUCUUCGAAUAUUCCUCGUAAAAAUGUGGCAUACCCAUCAGCGGUAUCAGUAUUUCAAUGAAACUGUUUAAACUAACGGAAAUAGCAAAUAGACUAUUGUAAUAUUUAGCUUUUUAAUUAGGCUACGAACAAAUACCUCAAUGAACACACAAUAAUGUGUGCAUUAUGGUUCUGCGUUUUCAGAUAGUGUUGUUGGUUUACAUUAGUUAUUUAAUUUCCGUCGGUCAGUCAAAUGGAGUUCAUAUGUUAUCUAUAGGUAACGAAAUAUUAGUCUAAUGGCCUUAUAUUACUUUCCAGUUCAAUGCCUAUAGUUUCGCUUGCGAUUACAACGAAAUACCGACAGUAAAUGAUAACGAAAUAUUAGCAAAAAGCUAACUGAAAAUUGAAAAAUAGGCGAACCCAUGGACAUCAAAAAAUCGACCCAAUUUUAUGCAAAAACGAUACGAAAAUUCGAUGGAAAUUAUUUUUAAGAUAUUUGUAUAGGGGGGGGGGCUAUUAUUUUGUAAACUGGACUUAUUACAUAAUGUUAAAUUCUGGCUUCCGAUAACAGAUGAUUUUUAAACUUUCUGAAACAGUGGCGGCUCAAACUUAUUAUAUCACCUACAACUCGUACUAGAUAUUACGACCGAAGAUAUUUUGACUUGGAAUCGUACUAGAUAACGAAAAAAUAUUUUUGACUCGUCCACUAUACCAACCCGUUUAUUGGUGAAAGAUACCAAAAUAAAAUAAAUCUAGCCUUCUGCGAGAAAGUAUAUGUUAGAAUCAAUUUAUACUAUUUCCUACAUCUACCGACAGUCUUUAGAACUAUUUUCACACCCAAUGUUGUACUUAGCGUUUUCAUAUGGAAGGGGAGUUUAAAAAAAAACUUGUUAAAAAAAUCAAUGUACAUAUUUUCAGUUAAAAAUCGUAUUUUAAUUAUAAAUAUUAAAUCAUAUUUUCAAUUAGCAAUACUUGGUACUUACUCCUUUAGAAAAUACAUCUUUUAUCAAAAAUAAUUCAACAUAAUAUUUCACAAUAAAGUAGAUUAAUAAGUAAAUAAAUAGAGCUGGGUUUACAUUAGACGAGUGCAGCACACGAUCAGCAGCUAUUAUUGUGUCGAUUGUUGCUCACAAACGUAGUUUCAAAAAAGGUCAUACGAAUCGUGAAGAUGUUUACACGUGAACACAAUAUUCGUUCAGUGAGACAGAGACGCUAGUCGCAGAAGCAUUCGUUGGCUGAACAAUUAAAACAACGAUUAACUGCAGAAAGUGAGUAAGGCAACUGAAAUAUUCAACAUGGUUUGAUAUUGUACGAACCAGUCGUGGCACGUUCGUGAGUGAUAAUACCACGAUCGUCAAGUACGAAUAUUGUCUGUUAACACAAACUGUGAGCCAGGCUUCCAAAAAAACCACGGUCGUGAAACACGCCUCGUGUAAACCCGCCUUAAUGGUUUUAUAUUGAAUAUUGUUUCCAAAUAUCAAUAAAAAAAAAAAAAAACAAGAAACAAGAAAGUUUAAAUAUACUGUUUUGUCGCUGUAUUGAAUAACGCUGCAACGUUUUACAUUUGUUUCAGACAGAAAAGUCCGGUUUAACCUAAAUAUAAUAAUAUGCUUGUAGUGAGUGUUCAAUUUUAAUAAUCGAAUUAUGAAAUGUAUAAUUAAAACAUGAUAAUUCUGUAUUAAAUUUCGCCUGAAGAAAAUUCAAUCAUUCAAUUCCGUGCAUAUUCCUACUAAAUAAACAACUAUGUGCGAUUCAAAACUAUUUUCGUAUAUGAUUUGAAUAUAAAUUAAUCUUGUAUUAUAAUAUGCUCGAGCUUAUAAAAUGCGUAUUAUUUGACAACAAAGCGAAAAUUCAAUAAAAGCAUUUUAUAAAAAUAAGAUAACGUUCCAAUAUUACACCGUAAUAUUAUUAUUAAGUUGAAUAAUUAAAUUCGAUCGCUCUGCGCAUAUUUUAUGAUCUUAAUACAAAAUAUUUAUUUUCUAUUACGGUUUGAAAUAGGUACUUACUUAAACUUUGAUGAGUUAAGACUUACGUUGAGAGUUUAUGCAUAUAUUUUAUAUGAUAAGGUAGAGGGGCUAACUCAUUUUAUCUCUUUAUCACUUAUUGAAUGGACCGCUAUUUUAUAUAUUGGGACAGUGCGGUCGAGAAUCGUAUAUACUGUUAUAGUGUAACGUACAUAUUAUCACUAUUAUCUUAAUAAAAUUGUAUACAAGGAAAAAAAUGUAGUUUAAUUUUUUUUUUUUUUAUAGAAAUUACGUUAAUUUGCUCGGAAAAGCUUUAGAAUAUUAACGGCAAUAAUAGUUAAAUGAUAGUUUAAUUUGAAUCUAGUAUGCGAAAUGGCGGUCCGUGGAUUUAGGUAACUGAUCAACCAAACAAAAUGCAUUUCGCGGUUAAAUUCUCGCGUUCUAUAUGUAGUUUCCUGAAUGUAAGUGUUAUUACUUAUACCGAUAUACUGAUUUCCAUUUUGUUUGUCGAAUUUCAAAUUGUAUUAAUUUAUUUUACGUAAAUGCAUAAAAUAAAAUACCUACACAACCCGAACCGGGCUUGAAAUGAAACCGAUUUUACAUUGUAUACUUAAUAAAAAUAACAAAAACGUGACUCGAUUACCAAUAGGUGUAUACGGUAUAAGUACCAAUGUCGAAACCAUCUACCACGCUGUAACUUAGCCUAUUGUAUCCUGAUGAUAACGCAUGUUUACAGGUGAGGAGACUUAGCGACCAGGGUGCAGCCGGUGCGGCGGCCAGAGAGAAGGCGUUCCUAGCCACCUUGACCAGAGCUCCCGGGCCACACGCUCCCGGUCGCCGGCAUUCUGUCAUCACGAUAUCCAAGGCACCGAUACCGUUGUUCGGCAGGAACAGGCGCGAGUCGAUCGCCGCGUUUCCCAGCAAAGGGGCGAGGGUGAACCGCCGGGAUUCUGCGGGCGGAGCGACACCGUCACCCACCGGCAGCCAGUUCAACUUGCAGUUGGACAUUAUGGACGACAUAGCGGACUUCAAAGCGAGGAAAGUGCGCAUGAAGAUGUGGCAGACGGAGGACAAGGAGAAGGUGUGCGAGCUGCAGUCGCUGGACGGCGAGAACAAGCAAAUGUCCAGGUACGUACCUGCAUAUACGUAUAUCGUUUAUCGCAAAAGUCAACCGCACGAUUUCAAAGUUCUGAAUCAACUUUGCGGUUAGUGGAAUUCACGAGUUGUAGUACAAAAACAGAACUAAGCCAACGUAAUAAUAUUUGAGUGCAAAACUUUUCCCGGUUUAUAAAUACGACGUUCGUCUAAAAUUUUGUUUUCAGGUAAACGAAUAUGAUUAAAAUGUACCGCGUGUAUUUUUUAUUUUUUUAGGUUAAUAUUGUCAAAUAAAUUCUAAUAUUAUUAGAAUUUAUAAUUAUUUUAAUAUUAUUACAGUUUUAAUACAUAGAUUAUCACGAUUAUCGCUUAGUAUCACGAUAUCUGGGAAAUUCUAAAAUUUAAAUAAAUAUAUACAAUUCGGAAUAGGCAAACUAGGACCGAAGGAGAAGGGUAUUAAGAGGAAUAUAACCCAGGAUCCCUUUGAAAUAUGGGACCCCAGAAAAUGUAUAGGGUUAUAAUUUUUCCUAAAACUAUGUAAUUGAUUUUUUAAAAAACUUAAAAAAUACCUACAAUAAAUAAAUAAAAAUAUAGCAUAUAAAAUAAACAAUAAGUAGUAAAAAUUUUAAUGAAAAUACACGAAGGAGAAAAUAGGGAGAGAGAAAGGCCGACAAAAGGUAGUUGGAUGUGAUUGAGGACGGCUGGUGUUUCCGAGAAAGAUAUGGGAAUCGGGUCAAGUGGAAUGUUAGAAUGAGGGUGGCCAACUCCUAAUAGUUGGGAUAAAAGUGAAGGAGAAAAAGAAGAACGUAUAAAGUAAACGUUUUUUGUAUUUAUUUAUUUUUUGUAAAAUUAAGACCCCCCAAAAAUGGGCUUAUCCUGUGACCCUUAUUUUAUUAUUAUUAAACUAAUAAAUUAUAUACAAUAGUACUAUGUACUAUAGUAUAAUGUGUGUAAAACAUAAAUUUAGUUUUGUUCGACAGUUACAAGAUAUUGAUAGCGUUGGCCAAAACCGAGAUAGAAUUAUAAACCACUGAAUCCUAUAAAUAAGAUAAAAUCACAUACUUUCAAAUCUGUCAAUGACUUAAGCCUGAUCCACUAUCGGAAUAGUUGCAAAAUUCAGAACCGUGGUAGUUAUUAUGUAUUUAACUAUCGUCGUAUUGACAGGGCGAUAAUAAUUAAACUAUCAAACUAUCGUGAAAACGACUACCAUACUAUCGUAAUGCCUCCAUGAUUAUUAGUUAUUAUUAAAUAUCGUGAGAGUGAUAGUAAUUAUACACGUUCUGCCCAUUCCUAAACUAACUAAAUAACAGCGAAAUAUAUAUACAUUAAUAUCUGAAGUAAACAUACUAUCAUUUUUAAUAUUAAAAACAUUCUUUUGAAUUAUUAUUAAACAAUUUGUUUUUUUCUGAAAUUUUAAUAAACAACCCGUGCUAUACAUUACGUUUAUAUAAUGAUGUCUAAAAAAGUAUCGGUAUAACAUUUUCUUCUUAUUAAAACGAGUUAUUUGUUUAAAACUUAAUUAUAACUUGAAUAGAUUACAUAACAUUAAUAAUAUUAUUAUCAUACAAUAAACCGAUACCAAAUGCAAACAAAAUCAUUGUAUAAUUAUUAUGUUACAGUUCAAGUAACAAUAAUAUUUACAAAUUAUAUAAACAUUUUUCAUUUUCUUAAUAUUAUUCUAUUCAAACAAUUUUAAACCAAAGUAAUGUUCGGGGUUUUUUUAAUUUUUAUUUGGUAGAUACUUUUGGUACUGAUACAAUUUAUUUACCAAACAAAAAUGCUUGAAAAUGUAACCACUUAGUUAAUCAAAAUUAGAAACAAAACUAGAACUUUAACGAAGAUAAUACACAGUUGCCUAUGCAUAGUUGUCGGUUCAAACAAAUUUUCGCCCCUCUAAGUUUCAUAUAAUUUAACACCCUGGAAUUUUCUCCCCCCUUAAAUAUUGCUAUGAAUACAACCCUCACAUGAAAUCACAAAAGACGAUUCCAAAGGAAAAUUAAUCCGGGAUGAAAAAUUCAAACUUGUACGAAAACAAUUAUUUCUUAUUCUUAGCUUGAAGAUGAUUACUUUAAAACAGGUCAAGAACUAUUCCUAAUUAAACAUUCAAAAUUGUUUAUAUAUACAAAUAAGGCUUUUGAUUUUUGGAAUUUUUUAGUCUAGUUAAAGUCAAUAUUUUCAAAUACUUAAAUUUUUCAUAACAUUUAAGAAAUAUCCUGUGGCGAUACCAACUUUGGUUUUUUCAUAUCAGAAAUCACAAUCUUUUAGUAUAUUAUGCUUAGUAUAGAUACUGUUAAUAUUAAAGAUUUGGCAAUCUAAGCAAAACACAAUAUUAUAAACAAUCAAAUUCAAAUGCAUUCGCUGGAUUUGGUUUGUGUACACAGAACUGCUAGAGGCCUCUACACGUUGUUUUCCAAAAAUGUAUAUAAAUUAAAAUUAAAAACAAAUAACAUUAAAAACUAUUGUGCUGAUGAAGCAUCAGGAAUGAUAGUCUUUUAAAGCAUAUUUAUUAAACUACAUAAUGAAAUAUAAUCGUAAAUGAAUGGAUAUGGUAUUAUUUUCAUUUCACAUCUUUUUCGACAACUUCUUGCAUUCGAAUUAAUAUUAAAGUGUUAUUAUGAAACGAUGCAUUUCCGGUGCAGCCACGGCGCGAUGAAAAUGUUACAGCAAGAAACGCACGACGAAAUCGAAUAAUAUUUUACCGUUUAUUUUUUUACGCCGUUUUGGUUAGGACGAGUUUUUGUAUAUUAAGUUUGCGUUUUUAUUUUAAAAUUAAAAUCACGGUGCGUGUUCAGAAAAGAAAAACGUAUUAACCUGAUGAAGAAGAAGUUUUCUUCGAGUAAAAAAUAAAGUUUUUGAUGACAUAUUUUUUUAAUAAACAACGGAAAAUAUCGAUAUACGAUGAAUAAUAACAAUAAUUAUCACUGGUCUGUGAACAAUUUUUAUACUUGCAGAUAUUUUAGCAAAUUUUGUCUCAUUGGUCCAUUAGAAAAAUAAUUUUUUUUUCCUUGUAGUUUUCUUAACACCUUAGAAAAAAUGGCGAAUAUUUAUACAAUACCUAGUUUGUUUUUUUUCCGAUUUUUAAUCGAAAAAAAACUAGCGAAUAUAAAGUAGUAAUUUGUUAUAUUAUAAGCGUUUAUAGUUAAAAUUUGUAUAGAAAUCAUAAAAACGCGGCAUUUCAAAAAAUGUUCGCUCAGAACCAAUGAAAUGAUUUAAUUCAUCUUUGCGUAUAGAAAUAAAUUGAAUUACCUGACGCGUAAUUUUUUUUUGCAUAAUCAUAUUAAGUACCUGGCUAAAAUUUAGAUAACGAUACCAACCAUUUUUCAUCAUUAAUACCAUUACGUACCAAUGAUACUAUUAACCCGAUUGUGUCUGAAUUCUAUCCGCACAUUCGCCCAUAAACGAUCGGUCCGAGCACAUUAUCUAAAUUUCUAUUUGAAAGGGGAGCCGCUAUUUUUGCGGUUCUGUUGAACGCACAAACGAUCGCUCUGGAAAUAACGCGUUAAAAUUCCAAUUUGAAAAAAUGGUCCUGUUUUUUCAUAAAUAUCAUAGAUUUUAUUAACCAAUAGUAGACGUGAUUGAUCGUUAUUUUUAAUGUUUCUGUGCGUACGUUUGAAAUGCCAUCGGGAAUAAUAUUUCGUUUUAUAGUUUUGCCCAAAAGUACAUUUUUAACGAUUUUCUCUCAUACAUAAUAAUUAUACGUACACAGAUAACCGAGAUAAUUGAUUUAAACAUUAAACAUAUACUAUAUAUCUUUUAAUAGCUACUCGGAUAAAAGUAUCGAAAUAGAUUCGCACAGCAACAAUAAAAUAUCAAACCAAAUUAAUACCCAUCAUAUAAUAGUGUGCGUAUAAAUAUAAUACACUGCUAUGGGUAUUAAAAUACAAUAUAUGAUGCGCUCAAAAUGAGAAAAAAAAAAAUUAAAUUCUAUUGAUUUUACCAUCAAGUAAAACGUGUACAGAGUGACUCCAAUCUACACACGGUUAUUUAAACACGGCGUGUAUUACUUCGUCGAGGUUCAAAAAAAAAAAAAUAUGACGUGACGGGUUUGAAAUAAAGGUCUCGGUUGAAAACGCGAGUUAUUAUGACUAUAUAGGCAUUUAUCUACGUGAAAACAGAAUCCGUGUAACAUUUAUACUUACGUUUUAGCGUCAUUCGCGCGAAUACUUACAAUGCAACUACGUGAAAAAAUAACGAGAAAUACGCGAACACGCACACAUCGACGUACACGUUGAAGUAAGAAAGUUCUAUAGUUUGAAAAAUUUAAAACCGUUUAAAAUUAAUUACCUACGUAUUAUUGUACUACUUAUGAUGUACACCUAUGCGUCCUAGACCAUAAAGAUUAUACAAUUUUUUUUAAAAUACCUUAGCAGCCACACCCGCCCCCGUUCUCGCCAGUGAGGCCUGCCUACCGAUAAGGUCGAAAUUUUGUAAAUAUCUUCGGGGCUCCGGGAUAAAAGAACCGCCCCGUUAUACAGUGAUAUACUGGCCUAUAAUAAAACCGCCUAAUCGAAUGGUUUAAUUAAAGUGUAAAAUAUAACCCGGCCAUCGCCGGCCCUUAUAUAUUACGAGUACCUGUAUUAUAUGCAUUUAAUAAAACAGUAAAUUUAAUUAAAAACGUUUACAUUUUUCCCAUUUUUAAUAUUGAUGUAAUAUUGUGUACUGAGAGAUAAAUCUGUAAUCUAGUGGAAAAUAUACCGUAGUCAAAAAAAUAAAAAAACGUAUCUCUUUGAUAUGCGGUUGUUUGAGAUAAAAUAAUAGCGUAUAAUAUUUUUCUCCCCCGCUCUGUGUAACUUUUCAAAGUAUAAAAAAUAUUCUGUUAAGAAAAACAUUUUUUUUUUCAAUUUAAAUUUACCGCAAAGAGAGGAAUAAAAACAGAAGAUAUUUUAUGUUUAUUACCCACGACGACGGAUUACAGGAUACCGAGCGAGAAACUUUUACGAAUAUAAUAUUCGUCUCACUUUCGACAGAUUUCUGUUCGAGUUUUAUUGUUAUUAUAAAUAAUAAUAUGUGUGUGUGUUUGUGCAAACUAAUUUUUUUAAAUUAAGUAGCAAGAUUAAAGGGGCUUCCGGGCUCGAGCCCCCCCCCCCCGAAAUGUUAGACGACAAUAAUUUUAUUAAUUUAAUUGAAAAUACAAUUUAAUAUACGUGAUGCCGUGAUAAUCUGCUGCCACGAAUACGGCGAAUAGCUAAAAACAAAAAAAUCAUCAACCAAUUGUGGUGAUAAAGCAACGCCUAUCUUAUCACACUUACUUUUGCUCACGGUUAACCGUUGUGACGUACGUUACGUCUAUACUGUUUGUAGUUUUAUUUGCGUCUGCGUCUCGAGCGAUCAUAAUCUGUUGCCCUUGUUUAUCUAUAAUUUUGCCCUUACUCGUUGCGAGACGUGAUUAUGCAAACGUAUGUUUUAUAAACAAUUUUAUUAUAACAGUGUUAUUGGUUUCGACGUUUCAUCAAUUUAAAGUAUAAAAUGAAUAAAAAACGACAAAUUCCUUUACCCAACAUACUUACUUGACUUACGAUUAAACGUAAAAAUAUUCAGACCCAAGAAGAUACAGCUGAAAUCGCUAAAAAUAUUUAUGAUCCAGCUAUUGUUCAACCAUCAUUUCAUAGUCAAGCGCCUGCAGAAUUAUCUUAAGUAUUUUUUUAAAUAAUUAAUUUUACAUUAUAUUAGGAAAUCAAAAUCAUUUUCUGGCUUAAAAUAAUUUUGUGAAACAAGGUGGGUGGAACGUCAUGAGUCGAUUUUGAUAUUGUUAUGAAUUUGCAAAUGCAUUAGAAGCACUAAUGGAAAUAAAGGAAAAAGUUGCUCAUUGUCUGCAUAAAUCUUUGUGUAGUUUUUCUUUUAUAAUAACUGUAUGUAUAAUGGAUACAAUUAUUGGAAUAACACACUCUAUCUCCAGAUUUCUUCAAACGGAAAAUUUAGAUUUAAUAACAGCUAUUGAAUCAGUCGAAUUAACUGUGCAAAAACUACAAAGUAUAAAAAAAUGAAAAAAUAUUCAUUGAGAUUUUCCGUCGACCUUGUAAAAUUGGAGAAAAAGUAGUCGUAUUUCCGACUACACCAAGAGUCGCUACUCAAAAACACCGUUAAAACUAUGAAAUAUACAAUAAUGACUGCGUUUCUUAUUUCAGGCAAUCUAUUUUUUUUCUCAUAUUUAGAUGAUAUGCUGGCACCAUUUCAUAAGAGAUUUAAAUUUAACUCAAAUGUUAUCAUUUCAUUUCAUUAUCUUGUGUUUUGCCAAAUAAUAUAGAAAAUUCUCCAUUUAAUAGUUUAAAACCAACAAUUGAAUUUUACAAAGCAAAUUUGAAAACUCACAAUACCAAUGUUGAUUUCUAUAUGGUAUUACUGGAAAAUGAAUUUUAAUUUUGGCAACAAAAAUGGUCUAAUGUGGAAUCAAAAAUGGUUUCAAAAAGCCCUUUAGACGUUCUAUCAAAAUGUCCUGAAGAGUUAUUUCCAAAUAUUCAUUUUUUGCUGAAAAUACUAGCCAUUUUACCAGUUUCACCAACGUCAGUUGAAAGAAAUUUCUCUACACUAAAAAGAAUAAAAAACUAUUUAAAGGACUCAACAAGUGAAAUGAAGCUAAAUGGUCUAGCACCUAUGAAUAUUCACCGGGAAAUAAUUACUGACCAUGAAACAAUAAUUAAUAUGUUCGCCUCAAAAAAAGGAAGACGCUUGGGACUUAAUGUUAUAAUAAUGUAAUCUAUUAUUUUUUUUUUUUUUUAUGUAUUAAUUAUAUGAUUUUGAUUUGAUAAUGUGCAUAAUUAUAUGAAUUAUAUUGUCAGCAAUACCGUGCAAACUUAAUUUGUUGUCCUUAUUGGCUAUCAAAAAUUAAGCCCCCCCCCCCCCCCCCGAGAAUAAAUCUUGGCUACGGCACUGCACAGCUCUUCCUUACCGUUACUCUUACUAGUACAUGCCUUCGUCUUACUUUCUUCGCGCGAAUCCCAUCCUACGGUCCAUCACUAUGUGCCGCAUAUAUAUGCCAAUCGCAGGUGUUCCCCAAUAAUUAUUACGUUCCACACACCCUUCUAUAAUAAUUAAUCCAAAGCAGUCCGUUGGCGCAGAUCAAAUUUUUUUUUUCUGUUACAUUUCCAUAAAUUUGAGAUUUUUUUUUGUUGUUUUGUAGUAUAGGCCAUAAUUUCUGUUGUUUUGUACUAUAAGCUAUAGGUUUUUGUAUUAUUUUUCACUGUGAUUAUUAUUAUUGUUUGUCUAUGCAUGUAAAGUUUAUUAAUUUUGUAAGCUUUAGAUUAUUAAUUAGUUUUACUUUGUAUAUGUUACAUGAUACUAAACCCUAUGUAUUUAUACUGAUAAUUAUAAUAACGAAAUUUAUUUCCGUACAAGGCAAUAAAUAAAUACUUCUUCGUUAAUCGACGCGUAUCCGUCCCACAUAUCUUGAGCAUUCUACUGUAUAACACCACGUCUCAAAAGCUUCUAUUUCUUUUUUUACGUUUCGCCGCCGUAAAACAUUAUAAUGCUUCCAAACGGAUGUUUUUUCUCGUACCUAGGCUAAUAUUCUUCUUCAAUCUUCUUUGGCAUCUUAAAGGCCGGUGAGGUCCAUCGCCGCCAUAACAACGCCCUUUCACUUCUCCCUAUCCCUUGUCACUUCCUCCGCGUUCUUCACCCCAACCAUCCUGAGAUCUUUUUUGAUUCUAUUAGCCCGCCGUUAUCUGGGCCAUUUUGUGUUAGGUCUCUAUCUUGUUAUUUUCCCCAGUACUCCUUCGCAUCACCACACACGACCGACAUUACCCUACUACUAUUUGCAUGAUUCCUAUAAAAUUGGCUUCUCCAAAUAAUCGAGGUUAAUGGUUCUCGAAGUAAAAGGCGCCCCGGUUUUUAUGAUUAAAUGUUAUUUUAACUCGGCGUUAUUUUUGUUCGCUAUUGUUGCAUUUUUCCGGGGAUUAUGUAAUUCGAAUAUAGAGGACUUUUUUACAGUUUUUAAACGUCCAUCACACCGAAAAAAAAACUAAUAAUAAAGAAUGUAACACAACUAUAUCAUAUUAAAAAAUUGUGUUUCAGAUUCAAAGAGACCAGGAGAUAUUCGAACAUUGACGUGUGCGAAAAAAUGGCACCGCCCAUUCCGCCCCGGCGACGCGCGUCGGAGCUGCCGCCGAGCUCGGUGGCCGCAGGCAAGUCGGCGGCGGCCGGCCCGUCGUCCGGGAUCGUAUGCACCAACACGGAUUUGCUGUCCAUAAUGAACUCGCUAAAGUCGACGGCCAACAAGGCACUGCAGUCGACGGGCCGACCGGGCAGCAGCAAAACGACGGACAGCCUGCCGGCGGCUGCGGCGGCGGUCAGUGUGGAACGUCGUCGGGACGUGCUUAGGACCGGCCGGUCCAACAGCGUGGACGUGGCCAACCUGGGUGUGACGGCGGCUAUGGCGGCCGCGGCCGCGGGCAACAGCACCCGAAACUGGUUCAGGAAAAUUUCAAACCGCGGAUCAACGGCGGCGGCCGCAGCGUUACAAGCAGCGACAGGUCAAGGUGGCGCCGAGUGCAGCGGUGAACUGCAGCGUGCCGCGACCAUAGGAGGCGGCAGCGAGUACGUGGUGCAAAAAUCGCCGGUCGUCGUGACGUUCGAUAACGACGAACGCCCAAAAGUAUCGCUGUUCGUGGAACCGUUAACGAGCAAACCGGACAGACAACCGCCUCCGCCGCCGCCGCCACCGCAACCGCAACCGCAACUGCAACCGGUACCGGAGAGCCGCAGCCGUAAGACCGCGACCGCGUCUGAUACGAAGGGCGCCGACGUGGUGGUGUGGGACAGGCCGACCGGUUCGGUGGUGAACGCCGAGGUGUUGGGCACGGCCAUCGAGGGUUUCUUGGCGGCCUGCCAAGAGAAGACUGGCGACAGCGGCAGCGACGGUUCAUCGGCGUCCGACGGUGAACAGCAACAGCAACAGCCGGGCGGGAAACCCGCGGCACCGCCGAAGAACCCGGCCAACGAGCCCACUAACGGCCGUACAUGCGACACGUCCAUCUGUUCGUCGCUCAAAGACCUUUUCGUCAAAUAG